AUGUUCGUCUUCCUGUGCAUUCUUUUCACAAAGGAGGAGGAGGAGGAGGAGGAGGAGGAGGAGAAGGAGACUGAUUCUCCAACAAUAAAUGACCCUGGUUCUCCAACAGUAGAGCCUGGUUCUUCAACAAUAGGUUUGUCUGGUUCUAAAACAAUAGAUGAUCCUGGUUCUUCAACAAUAUGUGAGCAUGAUUCUCCCACAAUAGAGCCUGGUUCUCCAACAAUAGAGCCUGGAUCUCCAACGAUAGGUGAACCUUGUUCUCCAACAGUAGAGCCUGGUUCUCCGAUAAUAGGUUCGUUUUGUUCUCCAACAAUAGAUGACCCUGGUUCUCCAAAAAUAGAGCCUUGUUCUCCAACAAUAGCAGCAAAAGUUGCUCGUGUCACGGCAGCAAAAGUUGCUCGUGUCACGGCAGCAAAAGUUGCUCGUGUCACGGCAGCAAAAGUUGCUCGUGUCACAGCAGCAAAAGUUGCUCGUGGCACCGCAGCAAAAGUUGCUCGUGGCACCGCAGCAAAAGUUGCUCGUGGCACCGCAGCAAAAGUUGCUCGUGUCACAGCAGCAAAAGUUGCUCGUGUCACAGCAGCAAAAGUUGCUCGUGUCACCGCAGCAAAAGUUGCUCGUGGCACCGCAGCAAAAGUUGCUCGUGUCACAGCAGCAAAAGUUGUUCGUGACACAGCAGCAAAUGUUGCUCGUAGCAGCGCAGCAAAGUUGCGCGUGUCACAGCAGCAAAAAGUUGGCUCGUGCCACAGUUGCUCGUGGCACAGCAGCCAAAACAAAAAGUUCUCGUGGCACCGCAGCACGAGGUUCUCGUGUCAUAGUAGCAAGAAAGUUGCUCGUGACAUAGCAGCAAAAGUUGCUCGUGUCACAGCAGCAAAAGUUGCUCGUGGCAACCGCAGCAAAAUUGCUCGUGUCACAGCAGCGAAUUUGCUCGUGUCCGCAGCAAAAAGUUGCUCGUGUAACAGCAGCAAAAGUCGCUCGUGCGCAGCAAAAGUUCCGGGUGUCACGCAGCCAAAAGUUGAUCGUGUCAGCAAGCCAAAAGUUGCUCGUGUCACAGCAGCAAAAGUUGCUCGUAGUUGUGACGGCAGCAGUUGCUCUGGCACCGCAAAAGCAAAAGUUGCUCGUGACACAGCAGCAAAAGUUGCUCGUGUCACAGCAGCAAAAGUUGCUCGUGUCACAGCAGCAAAAGUUGCUCGUGUCACAGCAGCAAAAGUUGCUUCGUGGCACCCGCAAAAGCAAAAGUUGCUCGUGUCACAGCAGCGAAAAGUUGCUUGUGCACUGCAGCGACAGCAGAAAAGUUGUUCAUGUUACACAGCAGCAAAAGUUGCUCGUGCACAGCAGGCAGUUUGGCUCGUGAAAACAACAGCCAGCAAAAAGUUGCUCGUGUCACCGCAGCAAAAGUUGCUCGUGUCCCAGCAGCAAAAUGCUCGUGGCAACGCAGCAAAAGUGCUCGUGUCCCGCAGCGAAAUUUGCUCGGUUACAGCAGCAAAAGUUGCUCGUGACACAGCAGCAAAAAGUCGCUCGUGUCACAGCAGCAAAAAGUUGGCUCGGGCACAGCAGCCAAAAAAGGUUGCUCGUGACACAGCAGAAAAUUUGCUCGUGGACAAGCAAGCAAAAGUUGCUCGUGUCACAGCAGCAAAAGUUGCUCGUGACACAGCAGCAAAAAUUGCUCGUGUCACAGCAGCAAAAGUCGCUUGUGUCACAGCAGCAAUAGUUGCUCGUGACACAGCAGCAAAAGUUGCUCGUGACACAGCAGCAAAAGUUGCUAGUGACACUGCAGCAAAAGUUGCUCGUGUCACAGCAGCAAAAGUCGCUCGUGUCACAGCAGCAAAAGUUGCUCGUGUCACAGCAGCAAAAGUUGCUCGUGUCACAGCAGCAAAAGUUGCUCGUGACACAGCAGCAAAAUUUGCCUGUGACACUGCAGCAAAAGUUGCUCGUGUCACAGCAGCAAAAGUUGCUCGUGUCACAGCAGCAAAAGUUGCUCGUGUCACAGCAGCAAAAGUUGCUCGUGACACAGCAGCAAAAGUUGCUCGUGACCACUGCCAGCAAAAGAUUAGCUCGUGUCACAGCAGGGCAAAAGGUUGGCUCGGUGUCCACAGCAGCAAAAAGUUGCUCGUGUCACAGCAGGCAAAACAGUUGGCCGUCGUGUCCCAACCCCAGCAGCAAAAGUUGCUCAUCUCACAGCAGCAAAAGUUGCUCGUGACACAGCAGCAAAAGUUGCUCGUGUCACAGCAGCAAAAGUUGCUCAUAUACCAAAAGCAAAAGUUGCUCAGGUCACAGCAGCAAAAAUUUCCUCAUCUCACAGAAGCAAAAGUUGCUGCUUUAACAUGA